GGUAUUGAUGUGUGGAACCCGGCGUUUGACGUGACCCCCCACCAGCUGAUAACGGGGGGCAUCAUCACAGAGCUGGGGGUGUUUCUGCCCUCAGAGCUGCAGGCAGCACUCACCGGCCGCCUCACUGCCCUGUAGACGGCGCUAUCACCACCCGCUGGCCGCCGUGCGCUACUGCACCUUAAUAUUCCUGCUCUCACUCGCUCAUAUGACUUCCACGUCCUCACACACACAGAUGAGGUGGAAGUCCAGUUUUGUUACAUUUACACACACAGAGUCAGUGUUCUACAAACUCACAUGUUUUACGGUCUCACACAUUAUGCAGGAACUCAGACACACACAUCCAACCCACCCUCUCUCCUCUCUCUGGUCUCUCCUGUCCCUCCCUCUCUCCUCUCUCAUCUCCUCUCUCUCCUCUCUCUGGUCUCUCCUGUGUUCAUCUCUUGUCCAGUGAUCUACAUCCCUGUCGCUGUGUGAAGCUCUUGUGCUCCUUCUCUCUCUCCCUCCUACAAAAUGGCUUCUGCAGUGACAAUCAACACUCAGCUUGACUCCGCCCUUAAAUCAGACCAGUAACAAUGAUUGGUUAAUGAGUAACGUGACAAAAAUGCUGACCUCUGUUUGAUAAACAAAACCUGUUCAACCAGGAAGAGAACAGUGUGUUUUCCCUCACAGGGUUCUUACUAGUGAACACAUGUGUCUAUUAGAAGUUGUUUUAACACUUUGUGGUGCUGAAGGUGAGGUGUCUGUGCUGCUGCGUGACCUGUAAAUAAAUAUGACCUCGUAGGGAACACACCUACAGAACUAGCCACUCUCCUUCAGAAGAACUGGCCUGAACUACAUCCUAAUCAUAUUCACACGUCUCCAAACAACGUUAUGAAGGAAAAAUGUCACACUUAUACCCAAUCACAAUAUUAUAUAUUAACAUGUCGUUUUCUCUGGAAGAGUGUUUUAUAGAAAUGUGACUUUAUGAAAAUUGAUAGCCCGUGAUGACACUUGAUUGCUGAAAAUACAUUGGGUGAGUCUCAAAUAGCUCCUUAUUCCCUUUAUAGUGCAAUAUUUGACUACAGCCCAUGGGCUCUAGCCAAAAGUAGAGCACUAUAUAGGGCUCUGUGCCAAAGGUAGUGCACGAUAUAGGGAAUAGGGGGUCAUUUGAGACACAACCAUUACCAAAGUAACUGAAAUUAGAACUAUUCACACCAAAACAAUCAACGCCAGUUGAUAUGACAUUAUCUAGAGAAACCUCGUUAGUCAGCUGAUGUGUAUAACUUGUGGCUACCUCCCUAUACCUCACAUAAUGUCUGUACCUCACUGUUCCAAUUGGUACCGUAUCGUCCCCUACUCCCAGGGUUAUCAAACCUCUCCUCAGGCGUUCCACAAUUCUGUUGCAGCCCUGAACUGGGUCGCCUGAUUCACCUGGUCGAGGGCUUGAUAAUUAGUUGACAAGUUGAAUCAGGUGAGCUAGCUGUGGACCUGGGUCCCCGAGGAGAGGUUUAAAAACCACUGUCCUACUGUGUACCAUAUCAAACUACACAGAAUACACAGAAACACUAUAUAUACACUCAACACCAAUCUCCAUGUUAUUAGGCCUGGACAACAAAUCAAGCAAGAUAAAAACCUUUUCUUUCUCUUGGCCCGAGAUGGAAGUCUCGGCUUUAAACAACAAUUGAACGGAAUGUGGAAUGCAGCUGUUUGUUCUAGAGAUUGUAUUUCUAUGAUGUAGUGAAUGUCACAGGGGCCUGCACUGCUCCAUGCCUUACACCACCAGCACCCCCGCUCACACACACCACAGGACAGGCGUCCCCAAUGGCAUCCUAUUAGCUAUAUGGUGCACUGCUUUUGACCAGAGCUUUGGUCAUAAGUAGUGCACAAUAGAGGGAAUAAUAGGUUGUAAUUUGGGACAGGUCCCAGGACAGCAGGCUAACAGGGAGGAACGUAGCCCUUUAACCCCCCGUCCCCUCAAAAUGCAAGAGGAGAUCUGAAAGUUGCCUGGCUACCCAAACUCCUUGCUCUAGUGAAACGCUAGGCCACGCCCACGGACGUUAGUUUCUUCUCCGCAAUGAGACUGGAUCUGAGUACCCCCCCCCCCCCCCCCGAAGAUUUCUAGAACGCAAACACAUUCUAACCAUUCUGAUUGGUCCCAGAAACCGAUAGUUUGGACCAGAAAGGCGGCAUUUUGAAAAAUCGUCAUUGGCUUUGAUACUCUGAUUGGUUAGAGAUGAUCCAAUCGCUGAUGACUUGUUUUUUACAACACCCCUCAUUUUGACGUCACCACAAACUACUUCAACGAUGGCAGUCUGACUGAAGUAUGUAGCCAACAUAGAGCAGGGGGGAAUGUACAGUAGUUUGAGUUGUCAGGCAAGUCUGAAAGGUCAAAGGUGAAAUACAUCCCCAAAUCCACUACUCUACUACUCCAUCAUCCCUCAUUCAGAAACCUCUGAUCUCUAAAUACACCACACCUCCUCCUCACCCAUUGGACCGUUUCUGGUCCACACCAGGCAUUCUUAUCUAUCUACUUUCCUGUCAAAAAAAUAAUACAUUAUUUUGAAUUCUAGAAUCCAUAGUGUCAUAACUGUUCCACAUUCUAGAAUCCCAGUAGAAAAGAGACCCCUCCAUCCCCAACCUCUCCCUGUCAAACUUACCCCUCUCUCUCAACGAUGCUGUUGGCUGUCAAACCACAUAAGGGUCUAGAAUCAAACACCACUGUUGUGUUUUUGGGUUCCUUUGUCUUUUAUUUUGAGAAACUGAACUGGAAGAAAUCAGAGGGGAGAGUUUUAACGGUCGAGAACAAUGUAGCAACUUUGUCGCCAUCCGUAGAUUGUUACGCUGAAAACUUUUUUUAAAGGGUACGAGAAUCCGUUUGUCUCUUAACAGACUUAUCAGACUUUUUUUUGUUGUUGACUGGAAACUAGAUGCUGUUCUGUGUUAACAUUUCACCCCUUGUACUCCGGGGCAUUGUUUGGCAUGACAAAGAGUGGAAUGAUGGCACGAACAGACUGGCACCCAGGCUACUCUUGUUUGGCUGUGAUCAGUUUUGUUAUUAUCGUGAUUCUUAGUGAUAAAACUGUUGUUAAUUAGACUACACUGAGAGGCCUCCUCGACACACACACACUGAUAAAAUGUCAGGAUAAGACUAUGUUUAAUUGGAAUUAGCUGCCAGUUAGUCACCCAGAGGUUAUCUGUUUAUUUUGCAGGCGAAAUGAGCGUCCCAAAUGGCAACCUAUUUCCUUUGUAGUGCACUACUUUUAACCUGGGCCCUAUAGGGUUCUGGUCAAAAGUAGUGCACUAUAUAGGGAAUAGGGUGACAUUUGGAUGCAUACUAGAUCUAGACAGAGGGCACCAUAUUGAAUAGUGUAAAAUAUCUCCCACUCUCUUUACUGAGGGUAUCUUAAGAUGCAGAAAAUCCCCAGUGUACUUGUAGGAAACCUUCUGUCCUCCCUCUUAUUCUCCGUCCCCAAUAACCACACUAGCAUACUAUCUAGUAUGCACGGGCAGAAUUGCUUUAUACUAAGUAGUAUGCAAGGGUGGAUACUUCGGGACAUGGCCUAAUGAGUUUAGUCUUGGGAGAGGAAGAUGCCAAAUGAAGUGCCAAAUGCAACGCUAUCAUCACUUCUACUCCCUCUGAGAUUUCAACCAACGGGAGAAUGUCCUGAUGACAGGGUGUUUGUGAAUAAGCCAAUAGGAAGCAUGGCUGGUGAUAUUAGUGUGGGUAGGGGUGUAGUCGAUUAGAAGGCCUCUUUCUACGUGUAGUUACGUUAUUGUUUAUAUUCAUAUCUGGGGUUUAGUUUUGUAUCAUGUGGAAAUAGUUCAAAAAUUGAUGUUUUUUUUAAUAUGUAUAUGAAUAUAAUGCUGUAAACUGCAUACCUGAAUUAAGAAGAGAUUUCUCUUUCACGACAAUACAAUAAAGAGUGAACAAAAACAUUA